CUGAAGAGCUCUGAUUCCGUACUCCGAUAACGACGAGCGUAGAUUGAAAUGGAUCGUUGGGUUGGAAAAGUAGCCGUGGUAACGGGAGCUAGCUCGGGAAUCGGUGCUGCCACCGUACUGGAACUGGCCAAGGCCGGCAUGAUAACGGUUGGUUUGGCCAGAAGAAUCGAAAGGGUGCAGGCCUUGGCGGAACAACUGCCGGAAGAAGCUGCCGCACGGCUGCAUGCCUUCAAGUGUGAUGUGUCCCAGGAGAAAGACAUUUUGGCUGCGUUUAUUUACGUAGAGCAGCAGUUCGGUGGAGUUGAUGUUCUGGUGAAUAACGCCGGAAUAUACGAGAAGGUGAAUCUGCUGGCAGAAAAUAAUACUGCCACCUUACGGCAGUCGAUGGAUAUAAAUGUAUUGGGAUUGACCUUGUGCAGUAGGGAAGCCGUCCAAUCAAUGAAGAAGCGUUCCGUUGAUGGACAUAUCGUUCAUAUCAACAGCAUCGAGGGGCACUUUGUGCCAUGCUACCCGGGUGCAAAUUUGUACCCGGCAAGUAAGCAUGCCGUUACGGCGAUUACGGAAACUAUGAGGCAUGAGCUGCGGGAUGCUGGAACCAAGAUCAAAGUCACGAGCAUAAGUCCGGGACUGGUCCAAACUCCCAUGUUAGAUCUUUGUGAUACCUAUAACAAUCUGGAGACAGCUACAAUGCCUAUGUUGCAACCGGUAGAUAUCGCCGAAGCCAUACUGUAUGUGUUGGGUACUCCAUCGCGUGUGCAAGUUCACGAAUUGACCAUUAAACCAGUAGGAGAGCCUGUGUAAUGGUGUUGAAUUACUAACAAACUUGAAUUCAAGCAUAGAAUAAUAUUUUUUAAAUAUU